GCUGGAGACGUCUGGUCUCUCCGGCGGCUGGGGCCUGACUGAGCUGUGAGGGCGAGCUUUUAGACUUCAGGGUCGCCGCCUGACCCUCUGAGGAGCGGGCUCAGAGCUCCCUAGCUCCGCCCACUCCGGCCUCCGGAUGGGCUCUUCCCCCUCCGGGGCGGCGGGGAGCCACACCGCCUCACUACACUGACCAAAGUGGUCCCAAGACUAUUAUGCCAUCCCCUAGAAGUGGAGCCUUAGAAAGUCUCCUACUGAGCCUGUGCCUGCUUAAGGCUGCCCCAGAAGGAAUAUUGAAGAGACAGUAACAAAAUGUAAAACAGUCACAAGAAAAACAAGUAGCAAUUCAAGUGUUCUGCUCCCUUCGUGUCCAUGACUAUUGUUAUUCUGUACUUCCAGCAUUUGGCCGCUGCUGAUGAGACACUGUCAGGACCCACUACCCCAAGAGUUGCUGUGGGGAGAAUAGCAAAGUUACAUCAUGAAUAUCAAUUUCAAACAACAGCCUGAGCCUGAGUUCAACUACAAAGUAAUAACACAGAGAAGUCUGAGCGAUUCUCCUUUUGGAAGAGCAAGUGGAACUUAUUUUCUCUCCAGACACAUCCCACAUUCCAGGACAGUCUGCCAUAUUCAAGGGUUAAAUAAUGCACCUGUCUGUGUUGUGAGAGAUGCAGGGAGUUUUUCAAGACCAUACCAGGCUGCCAGCAAAAUCCUAAUCCCACAGCGAGAAUAUGAUCAGCAACAUGGGCUAACUGGGCAAGGCAUGGGCACGCCAUCUCCUAGCAGCACUACACUAAGCCUCCAGGCUUAUCCACACGUUGGGAAAGGUCCAUCGCGACCAAGUUCACAGCCUGGAAGAGGAGAAAUGGCUGAGUUCUCUAAAAGGUCAAGAGACUCCCUUGCUUUACCGAGAAAGGAAGAUCCUUUGAAAAAACAAUCAGCUCGUCCUCUGACUGCAGUUGGCCAUGAGAUCCAUCCUUCUUCUCUUACCCGUCCCUCUUCUCCAGCCCGUUUUAUGCAUUACAAGCCAGAAGUCAGAGAGAAUAUAAACUAUGUUCCAAACUAUCUGGAUCAGGAAAUAAAAGUCUUGGAAAAACUCCGUGACAUUCUACAGACAGACUCCCUUGCAGAGAUCCAAGAGUGGCUGUCAAGGGCAAGUAUAAGAGAGAAAGAGUUUGUAUCAAAUUUGAUUCGCUCAGAAAUGACUAGCAGGGACUUGCUGAAUUAUCGGCAAAAUACGCCAAAAGAAAGUGCAGUCCAUGAUACAAUGAAGCCUUCCCAUGCCCCUUGGACAGAAACAAGGGAAGAAGUGAACAAGUUCAGGCCUUCAAGUAAAGCAUCAGAAGCAAGUAAAGGAAUGGAACAAGAAAGGGAGAGAGAUGGUCAUUUGCCCACAAGAGGGGAGAGACUUACAAUCCCAAUUUCUGAAAAUGUACGAGGAAGGUCCUCCAGCUCCCAGGGAACGAGCCACAGUCCUUCCUUAGCGCUCCGACAAAAGCCCCACCUCCGCUACAGCAAGUUAUCCACUGAUCAGAGACAUCUUACUGCCAGAGAAUAACUUCCUCUUUAAAGCUUCUGAAACAGCACAACUGUUCCCUUCAAGUAUUACCAUAUGUACUAUUAGCAACAAUAAUUAAAAACAUACCUAAAGCUGGCUUCCCCUUUAAAAACAAACUUGUGUUAAUUUCAUUUAGUCCCUAAGUGUUUCAUCAAAAAUCACUGAAGAGUACAUACAGAAUGACUUCUCCAGAAACUUUUGGAUAUGCUCUUCGUUCAAAAUGCCUAUACAAGUAAGGUUAAGAGAACUGUAAAUAAAAGAUGUUUAAUCUACCCUGCAAGACUCUUAACCCAGGCAUUUCAUCUUUAAGGAAACCUACACUUGCUAU